GAGCGUUUUUCGUUUUCGCCGACGCUGCCACAGAACCAGCCGGCUCGAUCCGGCCGGCUCGAUCGAGCCCCUCUCGCCAGGCCCUCGCUGUGCUCCUCGCCGCCGCUCUCGCUGUUUGCCUCAAUCUUGCUUUGUUGCCCUUGGACCUGCCUGUUUCUGUUCUUUCCCUCGGUUCCGCCAGAGACCCUUCCGCCGUCGAUCUCCUCCCUGUAUUCUCGGAACGACCAUGUCCUCGGCCCCUAUUGAUGUAUCGAAACUCACUCCCGAGGAGAAGAGCUUCUACGACAAGUAUGGACGCUUGCCUCCUGCCAAGAAGAACGUGAUUGGCCACCAGAUGAAGGAUCGCAAGUACUUUGACUCGGGCGAUUACGCCCUCUCCAAGGCCGGCAAGUCUAACCCCAAGGAAGUCGGCUCCCAACAUCCCUCGCCUGAGCGCAUACCUCAUUCGAUUCCUCAGAGCUUGAAGAAAAAUGACGGCGUCGCCACCAACAGCCCAGUAAAAGAGUCGGGUCUGGUCCACCAGUCCGACGCUACCGCCGACCCAUAAUCGAUAUCCCAUUCACCAUGCCCUCUUCGCCAUGCCUCUUCGCCAUACAUCCUUUGACUGAUCUUGCCCCACCCGCCGCUUUGUCUCCUCACCCUCCUCUUUUCCUCAUCAUUGUUUGUGGCUCUCUUCGCCGUUGCUGCUUGAGGCUACUUUCGCUCCUUGUGUGUUGCGAAGGCAGCAGUCAUUGACAAUACAUCUCUUUUUGAGGAAAACAGCCAUGCAGCUGCGACUU